GGCCGCGGGGCGGGAGGGGCUCGGCCGCCGGAAGCCGGCGGAGCGCCCGGAAGUGGCCGGGCCCGGGCGCCGCCAUGAGCCGCCUGCGGGAGGAGGACGACCCGUACGUGGUGGAGGAGCCCAGCGACGAGGAGCGAGCACUUAGCAGCUCAGAAGAUGAGGUGGAUGUGCUCUUACACGGCACUCCUGACCAGAAGCGGAAGCUGAUACGGGAGUGCCUGACCGGGGAGAGCGAGUCUUCCAGUGAGGAUGAGUUCCAAAAGGAGAUGGAAGCAGAACUGAGCACCACCAUGAGGACUAUGGAAGGCAAAUGGAAGUCACCGGAAAUGGGUACUUCCUCGAGUGCUGGGCAGACUGGACCUGCCACCACUUCAAAAUACUAUGAUGACAUUUACUUCGAUUCUGAUUCAGAGGACGAAGAUAAAAUAGUUACACAGGAGGUCCGGAAAAACAGAAAACAUCAGCAACGUCGGAUUCUUUCCAAUGAUGAACUGCUGUAUGACCCAGAAGAAGACAGUCGAGACCAAGAGUGGGUGGACUCACAGAGGAGGGGGUACCGUAAUCAAAGAAGAGUGCCGCAGCAGCCAAAACUUUCAGCUGUUCCCAAUAGUGAUGCUGUUUUGAACUGCCCUGCUUGCAUGACGACAUUAUGCCUGGACUGUCAGAGACAUGAAUCUUACAAAACACAAUAUAGAGCAAUGUUUGUGAUGAACUGCGUUGUUAACAAAGAGGAAGUUCUGAAAUACAGAAAGAAGCUAAAGAAAAGAAAUAAGAAAAUGAAGCACAGCAAAGAAACUACCUCUAUAGAAUCAAAUCAAGAAGAGGAGGAAGUGUAUCAUCCAGUAUUGUGUACUGAAUGCUCAACUGAAGUGGCAGUAAUGGAUAAAGAUGAAGUUUUUCACUUCUUCAAUGUUCUAGCCAGCCACUGCUAAUGUGCAAAAGCAGGGGAAAAAAAUCCUGCACUGUUUGAGACUGUGUGAAGUGUCAGAAAUGCAGGCAUGUUAGCCUUUUUUAAAUUUGGUCUUUUAAAUGUACAUUUUCAUCAGAGAACGUUGUAACAGUUGGAUUUUUGCAGAGUUUACGAAGGGAAUACAGUUAACUGCGUGCAUUUGAGAGCAGUAUUCUUUCACACUGUCAGGUGGUUGCAUCAUUAAGGAUUCAAAAUUUUGUAAAUAUAAUGUAAGAUGUGUGUAUUAUGACCAUUCCCUGUAUAUAUACUGUCUGUUUUCUCAAUAUGUAUUGGAACUGCUGCUUAGAAUAAACACUGUCUAGUAACUAGUUCUCCAUAGCUGCACUGGUCAUUUAUGUGGCACGUGGUAAACAACUCUCAGUUGAGAUGUUGGGCUUCUUUAAGCUGGUGUUCUUGGUAACAUGCACACAGGUGGAUUUGAUAAAGAAGGAAUUGUCAUUAUAUUUGGAUUUGUGGCCCCUUCAGAUCUCAAAAAUGGAAAAUUUUAUUUAUACAGAGUGGAAGAUUAGCUUAUAUCAGGUUUGCUGCCAUGGAUCAUUUAAAUCAACAUACUAAUGCUUAGUAAUACAGUUAAAUAUGUAUAUGAAGAAAAUACUGGAUUUUUUUUCUAUUGUCCUUUUUCCUUGACACAUCUUAAGAAGAAAUCUAUGGUCAGAUCUAUGACCAUAGAGCUGGUUUGUAUGCUUUUUCUGUUUCUUUAGUAGAUACACAGCUUCUUUAUGGAAGCACAAAGAGCUUCUGCUACUUGGUAUUUAGACUUCUUGCUUAGUCUAUGAAGCCAUUGCAAUGUUAACAAUGGAUCCUUCCCUCUCCUUUGGGCGUGCUCCCAAGAGGUGAGCUCUUGGUUUUUGUUAGUGAGUAACAUCACCUCUUUAUAGCCUGAUAUUUUUAAACAUUUCACUUGGAACAAGGUUCUGUCUAAAAAAAGAAUAAUUGUAUCUAUGCUUUUUCUUUUAAUAGUACUAGGAAUAAUUUGUUAUAUGUGCUUUGAGGAAUUGUCAGAAAUAAGUAUUUCUGAUUUAAGUUCAGAAGACAGGAACCUGAAGAACAUACUUCGUUUGUGCCUUAGAUUAUAAUAAAAUCUUGUGACACUUCAGUUACCUUUUGUAGUCCCUGGUGCUGUAUUUUACUAAUCUACACACACUUGUUCUACAUAGUGUUACAUGAGAUUAGGAAGAAAAAAAUCCAUUGGUUCUUCUGUCAGGAUUACACAGGGAGAACACUGACAUCCUAUUUUCAAGUCAGCAGAAACUUAACCUCUGCU